AUGACAGGCGGAGGUUCAUUCCUCCCCUUACCCAGCGACCUCGAGAACGCAGGUGGGGACCCAGACAGCCAUGCCGUCCAAUGGGUUGGCACCCCCGGGGUCAAGGGUCCGACAUGGGCGCGCCUCCCGCUCCUUACCGUGGGCAUGCUGGGCACUCAGGUUGUUUGGAGCGUUGAGAUGGGUUAUGCCACUCACUCCACUUCAGCCUCGCCUUUCCUUCUCGAACUCGGACUGUCAAAGUCAUGGAUGUCGCUCGUCUUCAUGGCGGGUCCCCUUUCAGGUCUCAUUGUCCAGCCCCUCAUUGGAGCCUAUGCGGACCGCUGUCGGUCAAAGUUUGGACGUCGUCGCCCGUUCAUGCUGGCCGGUACAGGUGUGGCCGUGUUUGGGAUGAUGCUUCUCGCGUACUCGCGUGAAGUGGCCGGCCUGUUUGGCACCGGCACGUGGGGUGCCAUCGCCUGCGCCGUCUUCUCCAUCUACCUCAUCGACUUUAGCAUCAACGCGGUCAUGAGCACCGAUCGCGCACUCAUCGUCGACACACUUCCGCCGACACAGCAAGAAUCGGCCAACGCGUGGGGCGCCAGAAUGUGCGGUAUCGGUGGUGUGGCAGGGUUCUUUGUCGGCAAUGUAGACCUGACGUCAAUCGUACCCUUCCUGGGCAAGUCCCAGCUCCAGAUCCUAUCCCUCGUCACAUCCACCAUUCUGGCUCUGGCACACACGUCGACCUCGUGGGCAGUGACAGAACGCAUCUUGCUGCGAGACGAUCGCCCGCAGUCGCGUUCUGGUCUCAUGUCGUCUCUGCGCGCAAUCUGGACCAACAUGUUCACCUUGCCGCCCGGAAUCCGCACAGUCUGUUACAUCCAGUUCUUUGCCAACCUCGGCUGGUACCCAAUCUUGUUCUUCACGAGCAUCUGGGUCGCGGACAUUUACAAGCUCCAGAACCCGCAGGGAGAUUUGUCAACAGAGACCUGGGAGGCGGACGCGGUCCGUGCUGGCUCUCGCGCACUGUUUCUCCAGUCGGUUAUUGCACUCAUCGUGAGCGUUUGUGCCCCAUUCCUCGUCAGCGAGUCGGGCGUCCAGGCCAAGGAAUCGCACGCGUACUUGCGUGUUGGAGACGACGAGGACGACGAUGAAUCGCCGCCAAACUCGGCAGUCUGGAAGCGCGAAGAAGAGGAACGUUCAUUGCGGUCGCUACCAAGCCGUGCCGCCAAAGCACUGGCGACAUUCAUCAAGGGCAUCAAGUCUGGCUCAAUGUUGGCACUUCCCAUCCCCGGGCUUACCCUUAUCAAGCUAUGGUGCAUUGCGCAGUGCAUCUUUGUCUGCUGCAUGGUCGCAAGCUGGCUCACGUCUACUGUGGCCGGUGCCUAUGUUGUCAUUGCCAUUACCGGCUUUUCAUGGUCACUCGCACAGUGGGCACCGUUUGCCCUCCUCGGCGAACUAGUCCUCAUCGACACGCCCGACCGCACUGAGAUGCGCACUUUGCAACGAGCGCCUGCCACCGAGGUCGUGUUUGCUACCGACAAUGACUUGUCCCAGGAGGAGUCUCCAUCGCUUCACUCUCGCAACCCGUCACGCACCGCAUCGAGGUCGCAUGUGCGGAACCCUUCACAUGAAGUGGUGAACGCAAACCAGUCCCAUACACUCUCCCGUCUAGUGCUCCCAGGCUCCGACUUGACACCAGUGCCACGCGAGUCGACGUCCAUGGAGAUUGACCUAGACACCACGGUCAUUAUCCGUCACUCGGACGAAAUGUCCGUCUUGUCUGAACCAACCAGUCCACCAGUCGACGACGCCGCACCAAGCACGGCGGACAAGGCGGGCCUCAUUCUAGGCAUCCACAACGUGUUUAUUGUUCUUCCUCAAUUUGUCAUAACGUUCAUUUCCAGCAUCGUUUUCAUGAUCAUGGAACCCGCAAAGGGGACCGAGGCGGCGCCAGCAGCUGCUGCUGAUGGUGCUGCCGCCACCACGGACGGUCCGUCAUCGCCCAACGCUGUGGGGCUCGUGUUCCGGAUCGGCGGCACUGCGGCGGCAGUGGGCGCAUUCCUCUCAUACCGUUUAGCACAGCGAUGGGCCGCGGGGCGACUGUAG